CAAUUCCACUGCAAAAGUCAAAAUAGUCAAAACCCUAACAAAGUAGGCCAGAAUACCAUUUCCGGCGAGCAAGCUCCGAAGCAAAAACCCACACAAAAAUCUCAAAUCCAUGGCCAAUUCUCUGAUUAACAAAACCCUAAACUCACUCAGAAGAAACCCCACAUUUCUCAUAGCACUCUCAUCCCAAUCCCACGUUCGCAUCUUCACAACCUCCACCUCCACCGCCACCGCCCAAGACCUCCCAUCUGACGGCCCUUCUUCUUCCUUCACAUUCUCUUCCGAUGACAGAAUUUACGUCAAGGCGCCGAGGUCGAAGCCUGAAACGCUGUCGUCUUCAUCGGUGACGAUGCCGAUGUCGUUCAUGACGGGGUCUAUAGUGGGAAAGAGAUUCUACAAGGAGGCGAAGAUCAGAGAGGCUGAAGAUGGGAUUGGAUGGACGGUGAUGCUUGAUUAUCGGACGCUCAAGACGCCCUCCAAGAGGCCCCUCAAGCUCCCUACUUUGCCUCUAGCUAAGGCCAUUGCUGCUGAGUGGGAAUACCAGCAAACAGAUGGGAUCAGACCCUUCACGAUGCCUCUAAUGAGACUUGCUUGUACUGCAUUGGAAAGAGUUCCACUCACACGCACUAAGAUUAUUGAGAAUUUGAUGAAGAAGUUUAAUCAAGAUUUGGUCUUCUGUCGAGCUCCGGAAGAUAAUAAUCUGACAAGUGGUGUCCAUGAAUGUCAAGUGCAGAAAAUCAAUCCUUUACUUGAUUGGGUAGAGUCUGAAUUUGGCUUUAAGCCUGUUGUCUACUACAGCUUUUUUGGUGGAAAGCAGGAGGAUGGUCUCAUAAAGGCAAUAGAUAACAUUCUGAAGAAAUCGGAUGACUGUGAAUUGGCAGCAAUUGAUGCCAUUGCAUCUGCAGCACAUUCUUUGAUUAUUGCUGUCGGGAUCUUUCGUGGGAAAUUGCAGAUUGAGGAAGCAAUUGAGUUGAUUAGAAUUGAAGAAGAUUUGCAGGUGGACGGGUGGGGUCUUGUUGAAGGUGGCCAUGAUGUGGAUAUUGCUGAUCUCAGGGUGCAGAUCUCAUCAGCUGCUGUAUUCCUUGGUCUUUCCCGAAAGAUAUAACCCUCGAACUGCAGAAAUAAUACUUAUCUGCAAAACCAGUCUCAGUGCCUAAAAGCAAACCUGCAUGACAAGGUUCAUUCUUGGCAGCAUUGCACACAUAGUGGUGGUUGUUUCCUGAUCUCACAGCUACAACAUGCUGUAUCGCAGUCAUUGUUGCAUCCUAUAGAAGAAAGUCCAACGUUACAGCCCAUCACUAUUUAGUAAGAUUUCUGAAACUUCUACUGUAUUUAGUGAAUAAAGUGCAGCAGUUAAAAAUGCUCCCUUGUCAGGGAAUUGACAGCUUAAACUUAGACCGUUUGUUUUGGCGCAAUUUUUUUCUUUUUUUUUUUCCCUUUCUAUUUU